ACCUUCAAGUCUAUGGACCAGUUAUGUUAAUGAAAGUUGUUAAUUACUUUAAAUAGAACGGUGAUUUCUGAGAAAGAAGCAGCUGGUGUGUUGAGCCUCUUCUAACUGAGGACUGAAAAUGCCAGCAGUUGAAAGUGAGGCAAAGGCAAAAACCAAAGUCCGCUUUGAGGAAAUCUUCAGACGUCAUGCUGGCCUAACAGACACAAAGAAAUCAAAGAAAAAGAAGUUUCACUCGGAAGAGAAUAUCGUGCUUGACACCUUUAGAAGUAAUAUUGAUCUAGCUAAGGAAAGUGUGAAUGAUGAAGCAAUUAUAAACAACACAUAUAAUCCAGAAGAAGAGAGUCCCCGAUUUACAAAAAAUAAACUGAGAGAGAAAGCCUCAAUUGCAGAGAAAAUAAACAAUGAUAUUGUUAGUGGAGAGGAGAACAAACAUCCAAAGUCUAACAAGAAGAAAAAGAAAUCCCUGUUACAAGAACAAUUUAAUGAGGAGGAAAAUUUACAUGAAGCUAAAUUGGAGAGUUUUGAGAAAAAGUUUGAUGAUUUUCCAAAGAAGAAAACAAAAAGUAAAUCACAAACAGAUGUACCUUAUCAAGAAGGUGAAAGAAAGAUUAAAAAUUCCUUGACUGAAGAGAGAAAUGUAAAUGAGUUAGAAGAGGAAGAAGAGCUAAUUCGAGCCUAUCAACUGCAUGUGGCUGAGGAUGAGGCAAAUGCAAUUAAAAAGAAAAUAAGAAUGAAACUUAAAGAACAGAUGUCUGAAUUUACCUCCACCGUUCAAAGCCAUGAAGUUGUAUUGAACAACAAAGCGGGCAAAAAAAAGAAAAAGAAGAAAGAAAUAGAAGUUUUAAGCGAAGCUGAAACAAGUGCAAUGUCGCUUUCUGAGCUACAGCAUCAUCCAGCAGAAGAUGACAAUGAAAAUCUGUCACAGGAAAGACAAUUUACAUCAGGAGGACAGAAACUGGAGGAAAGCAUGGAAAAACAGAAACCUAAAACAAAGAAGGUUAAAAAGAAAACCAGAAAAGAAGAAAACACAGAAGUUGCUGCAGAAAAUAAUGAGGAAAUGAAGAAUUCCGAAAUUUCAACUCAGUCUAAAUCUGGUUUUGAUGAUGAUCUUGUGUUAGGAGUUUGUAUCCAUCGAUCUGAUCGACUUAAAGCUGAUCUCCUGGUAUCUCAUCUCAUGGUUAAAAUUCAUGUUGUUGAUCAGAGAAGUGGCUUAUACGUCAAGAAGGAUCAUAGCAAGAGAAAAGUUUCAUCUUAUUGUGAACAAGAACAAAUAGAGCACAUUCUUCCUAUUAUGACACAACCAUAUGACUUCAGUCAGUCUAAAUCAACAGUUCCAGAGUGGGAGGAGCAAGUCAUAUUUAAUGAGCGGUUUAGUUAUUUUAUUCAAAACACUGAAGAAAACCCUCGGGUAAUCCUGUUUUUUGAGAUCCUUGAUUUGCUAAGGAUGGAUGAAAUGAGAGCCAACUCUGAUGUACAAAUUCAGGAGUGUGGUUUCCGAAAAAUUUGUUGGGCAUUUCUAAAGCUUGUAGGUGCAAAUGGAGUUCUAAACGUUGACGGAAAACUCCGUCUGCAAUUAUAUUACCCACCUCCAAGGACCAAGUCACAUUCGAAUCUUGUUGAGGUUUAUGACUGGUGGGCAAAAUGUCCUAGAAAUCGUUACCCAUCAACUUUAUAUGUAACUGUAAGAGGCAUAAAACUGCCAGAUCAUGUAAGUUAAAUAUUUUGACAUUUAUUAACCACAGGAUGAAGCAGGAACGUGAAAGCAAUACUGUGUGAGCUCCAGAGAGAGGGAUCUAAAAAAUCAUGUGAAGCUUUUCCAGAGGAGAAAAAGGAGCCAUUUAAAUGGACAAGAUUGCCUGGGCAGGUUUGCCGCAUACCGAACAAGCAUCUGUUUUCACUGCGAGGUGGAGAUAUGGGCUGUUUCUGUAUUCGUUUUUCUCAUGAUGGGAAAACACUGGCAGCAGCUUGUGCAGGAAGGAAUGGCUAUCCCGUUGUUUUGUAUGAAAUUCCUUCUGGACAGUUCCUGAGAGAGUUUUAUGGUCACCUCAGCAUAGUGUAUGACCUUUGUUGGUCAAAAGACAAUCAAUAUCUUCUUACUGCAUCCUCUGAUGGCACUGUCAGAAUGUGGAAGAUAGAAAUGCAGGCAGCAUCUGCAGUGAGAGUUUUCCCUCAUCCUUCAUUUGUUUACACUGCAAAGUACCAUCCUGUCGCUGACUCCUUGGUUGUCACAGGAUGUUAUGACUCGGUGAUUAGAAUCUGGAAUGCAAAUGUGAAAGAAAUCCAUGGGCAACUGCUACAGGAGCUUGAUGGUCACAAAAGUUUCAUCAACACACUUUGUUUUGAUGGAGAAGGGCUCCACAUGUUUUCAGGAGAUAGUUCAGGACUAAUAAUAGUUUGGGAUACAUCUGUCAAAGGAAGUUCUCAGCACCUGUUUCAGCACUGGAGGGUUAAUAAGGAAAUAAAACAAAAUGAUAUUCAAGGAACACCGAUAAAUCAUUUGGAGUUGCAUCCAAAUGGAAGGCGUUUAUUAAUUCACGCCAAAGACAGUACCCUGAGAAUCAUGGAUCUCAGAAUCUUGGCUACAAAGAAAUACAUAGGUGCCACAAAUUACAGAGAAAAUAUUCACAGCACCUUAACACCUUGUGGUACAUUCCUGUUUUCUGGAAGUGAAGAUGGAAAGGCUUAUGUUUGGAAUGCAGAAACAGGAGAUCAGGUGGCCAUAUACUCUGAACUCUCCUUCACAUCUCCACUUCGUGAUGUUGCCUUUCAUCCGCAUGAACACAUGGUGUCAUUUUGUGCCUUUGGUCAAAACCAGCCAAUACUUGUAUACAUUUAUGAUUAUAAAGUUGCACUACAGGAAGCUGAACUCGUAAAAGAUCUCACUUCAUCACUUACCACUGCUGCACCAAGAGGGCCACAGUUCUUUAGCAGUUUUUCUGAAAUUCCUGUACAAAAAAGUUCAGUGAUGUCUCCAGCAGAUCAGUUUGUCAGUGUUGCAAAAGCAUCAGUGAGAAUGCAAAAGGUGAAACAAAAACUUGAUUCUGUUAUGGCGAGCUCAAAUCUCUUGCUUCCUGCACCAUCAUCACUGUCACCGCACUCCAAGCUAAGACUGCCAGGCACUCUGAGCACUCCAUUGAAUCCUCUGUAUUCUUUCACUACUACAAGUGGGUGUUUCAGCCCAGUAGGAAAUCCUCUUAGCCGAACACUAUUGGGUAGACUACAGACGAAUGAUAACUGCCUGACAGCACUGGGGAUGAGAGGAGGAAGCAGUUGUCCACUCAGGCAAGAGACAGUAGUGGCUCUUUAUGACUACACAGCGCAUCGAUCAGAUGAGCUAACCAUCCAUCGCAGUGACAUUAUCCAAGUGUUAUACAAAGAUAAUGAUAACUGGUGGUUUGGCAGCCUAGCAAAUGGACAGCAAGGCUAUUUUCCAGCUAAUUAUGUGGCUGGUGAAAAAGAAUGUGAGGAACAGCCAUCGGGAUUACUACCAGAUUGUGCUCCUCUCCUGCCUGAAGGACCAACAGAAGCAGAGGAAUGUUCUCCAACACCACGUAAGAUGUCACCGGUCAUCAGUAAGUCAGGGGACGUAAAACUUAGCUCGGAACGUGACACAGAUAGAGACUCACCUGCAACACAAGGUGCAAAGAAAAAGAAGAAAAGGAUACAGAGGAACGAGAGAGAAAAUCAGCACAACUUCACAGGUCUCAAUACUCCUGUAUCAUCAGUUACAGCUAAUGGUGUUGAAAAUGAACCUACAGCCCGUGGACUGGAACUGAAGAAGAAGAAAAAGGCAGUGAGAGGCUCAAACUUGAGCACAAAUGAAAAGACAAAUCUUGCCUUUCAGCCUGAAUGCUAUGACAUAUAG